UGAUGUUUUUUUUAAGUUAAUUGUGUGUGUUAACAUUUAGAUAUGUUUAAUUGUGACAAUUAUUAAAAAUAUACUGUGACUUAGGUUGAUAAUCAGUUAAUCUAAUUACGUCUAGGGUAAUAAUUAGAUUUUGAUUAAUUGUUGAACAAGAAAAGUUUAAUCAACUGUUAAGCUCAUUUAUUAAUCAUAAGAGUAGAUUACAAUUAGUAAACAGUGUUUAAUUGUCUAACCUCAAUGGAUGAUUAGUUUAAUCUUGUUAAAUUGUGUUUUUGCUGCUGCUUGUCAUUUAAAUUGUUGCUAAUUAAUAACAAAAUGGAUUUACAAUUGAAAACUAUUAAUCAAAUCAAUGGAAACACAAAUAAUGUAAAAACUGAUUGUAAACUCAAAGUUAAUCAUGAUGAUAACGGUAACUUAAAAGUAACGGCAAUUAAACAUGGUAUGUCCGUGAUAACAACUAUCCUAUUUGUGGCCGGGGAAAAUGCCGGAGCGGGUUUAUUGGCACUUCCAAGUACAUUGAACAAAUCGGGCUGGUGGGGAUUACCUUUAAUGGUGAUGAUAAUAUUUGACUCGGCGGUGGCCGCUUCGUUGAUCGGUAAAUGUUGGCUUAUUCUCGAGGAGAGAUGGCCUCAAGAGUAUCAAUUAAAUUGUCGAAAUCCAUACCCAGAGAUUGGUAAAAUGGCCUUUGGUCCUAGAAUGAAGUCUAUGGUCACUAUUAUGUUACAAGUAACAUUGAUCGGCACUUCGGCUGUCCUCCUAUUGGUCUGUGCCCAAUUAUCCUCUGACCUGAUUGACCGUAAUCAUAGUCUCUCCUAUGGCCUGUGGAUACUUAUCAUUGCUUUUGGUAUUUGUCCAUUCAUGUGGCUUGGUACUCCGGUUGAAUUUUGGCCUGCAGCCGCUAUUGCACUAGGAACCUCAACAAUCGCUGUACUUUUAUUACUCUUUGAGAUUGGCCGUGAUUUGGCCUCAACUUCAUACGAUCAAUUACCAAUUGCAUCGGAGGUUAAUCUAAGUACAAUUUCACUUGCUUUCGGGUCAUUUAUGUUUGCCUCUGGCGGAACGGGUCCAUUUCCAACCUAUCAAAACGACAUGAGAGACAAAUCAAAGUGGACACGAGCGGUGGUCAUUGGAUUCACCGUCUUAUUUUUCCUGUUAACACCUCUUCCGAUCAUGGGGUAUCUCGCCUACGGGUCAACGGUCAGUACCAAUAUUAUUCACUCGAUACCGAUCGGUAUGAGUCGGGAUAUUGUGGCCAUUUUGAUGGCUGGACAUUUGUUUUUCGCUUUUCUUUUAAUGAUUAAUCCGGCAGUUCAAGAGAUCGAAGAUAAAUUCAAUGUACCACAUACUUUUAAUUGGAAACGAGUUGUAAUCAGAGUGACAAUGUUAUUCCUGAUUGUUUUCAUUUGUGAAUCGAUUCCAAGGUUCGGCAAAAUUUUGGACUUGAUCGGAGGAUCGACGAUGAACUGUUUGGCCUACAUAUUUCCGCCCUUGUUUUAUAUACGAUUAUGUUCAAUGAAGAAUCCAUCUUGGCCUGAAAGGAAAAUAUCAACGGUCAACAAGUUGUACUUUUAUAAGAUCGUAUUGAUCGGAGUCAUUGGCGGCAUUUGUUCAACCGUUUCCGCGACUUUGGCCAUUCUCGGCCCGAACGCAUUUGUAUUACCUUGUUACCUUGAUCUUAAUUGUACCAAUGAAUAGGAAUCAAAUUUAAUUGUAAUUAACUUUAAGAUCUCUUUUUCAUUCAUUCCAAAACUUUGACAAAUUUUUUUUACUUUGAUUCAAAUGAUUUAUUAAUUAUUGUCACAGUUUUUUAUUUGUCUUGAAAAGUUAAUUGUUGUCGAAUGACAAUUAACUUUGUGAAUUUCAACCAAACAAUUAAAUGAUUUACUCAACAAUUAACAGCCUUUUUUUCAGGCUUUGUUGAGGUCAAUACGAUA